AAUAUGUCAAAAUAAAUGUCAACUCUUGGGAAGCUAAAACGCUAGCUUUCGUUUUUCUGUAAUAAAUAUCUUUAACGUUACAUAUCCCCUUUUAGAUGUAAUUUCUAACUACAGUUUGCAUCGUGAAGAAAUAACAAUAUAAAGACAAAUCAAGUUGCAUCGAAACUAACCAAAGUUUUUUCAUAGAAGUAUUGUUUGUUGUGUUUCUAUAGUUACUAAACACCAGCAAAAAUGGAUCAAAUGCUACCAAGUCCAUAUAAUAUACCGGGUAUUGGAACCCCGCUCCAUCAGCCCGAAGAAGAUCAACAGAUAUUGCCGAAUGCCCUGCAGCAACAGCAGCAGCAUCAACAACAAUCUUUGGCGGCUAUGGGUUCCUCGCCUCUUGUUGGUUUUGGAGCGUCAUUGAUGGGCACACCUCAACGGUUGCAUACCUACGCACCCACAUUCUCCACCCCACAACAAAUGAUGCAGCCACAAACACCUCAAAAUUUAAUGUCUCCAAUGAUAGCUGGUGGGGGAAGUUUAGCCGGCCAGCCGCUUCUCAGCCAAGCAAGUCCUGCUCCAAUGACUCCCAUGACACCUCACUCUGCAGAUCCGGGACUCCUGCCACAGCUACAGAACAUAGUAUCUACUGUCAAUUUAAAUUGCAAAUUGGAUUUGAAGAAAAUCGCUCUGCAUGCUCGUAAUGCAGAAUAUAAUCCAAAACGUUUUGCAGCUGUCAUUAUGAGAAUAAGAGAACCAAGAACUACUGCACUUAUUUUCUCAUCUGGUAAGAUGGUGUGCACAGGUGCCAAAAGUGAGGAGGACUCGAGACUGGCAGCCCGAAAGUACGCUAGGAUUAUUCAGAAACUCGGUUUUUCUGCAAAAUUUUUAGACUUCAAAAUUCAAAAUAUGGUUGGAAGUUGUGAUGUGAAAUUCCCUAUUCGUUUGGAGGGCUUAGUCCUUACCCAUGGUCAAUUCAGUUCCUAUGAACCUGAACUGUUUCCUGGACUCAUUUACAGAAUGGUAAAACCUAGGAUCGUUUUAUUGAUUUUUGUUUCUGGAAAAGUUGUACUUACUGGUGCCAAAGUGAGACAAGAGAUAUAUGAAGCCUUUGAUAAUAUUUACCCGAUUCUAAAAAGUUUCAAAAAACAGUGAUUCUAAUUGUAAGUGGUUCUGUUAUAUAUUCUGUUUGUUUUAGAAAUAAGUUAUUUUCAUAAGGAUUCAUUAAAAUACAAGCAUUC